CAUCCGGACAGAGUUAGAUGGAAAUUGACGCUGCACUUGCAAAGGGAAGCUUUUGAACAUAAAUAUCUUCGGUACUUAGCCCUACGUACGUUGUACGAAGGUACGGCGUAACGUUGUGCGUGUACAGCUGUACGCGUACUGUACACGUGUACAGUACGAAGAUAAACGUUGCGUUUGAGGACACAAAUACUUUCGAAAGUACAACGUACCCACAACGUGUACAGUACAGCUGUACACGUACACGUACAGUACAUGUGUACGUGUACAGGUGUACGAAGGUAGAUAUUUAUUGAAGUACGGAAGUACUACUCUGUACUUUCGUACAGAAUUCUGUAUUUCCGUACACUACAGAAUUCUGUCUAUUUCCGUGCGAAGGUCAGUAUGAGUAUCUUGCUAGCGAUCUGCGGAAGUUCUUCCGGAAGUACAACGUCGUACGUGUACGUGUACCUUCAAAGUUUAAUACUAGCGGAAGUAAGGAGCAAGGCCUAGCUACGUACGGAAGUACCUUCGUACGAAGGUAGCUGCUAGAGUUCUAGCUAGCUAGACUAUCUUCGUAGGGCUGAUACCUUCGCAGAUACGCGUUACGAAUCACGUACUUCCGGAAGUACAUGUGUGCGUGUGCACAGCAGUAAUCGUACAACUUGUCUAGCUAGUACGGAAGUACUUCCGGAAAUACUUCCAUAGAAUACUUCCGGAAGUAAGAACUUCGUACCUUCGUAUUUGAAGUACUUCAGUCAACUUACUACACGUAGUGUUUUAUAUUGAACUUGAGACGCCGACUGACCAACCCGCGUCACCUCGCAUUCGCUCAGUCGAGGUAGCCUAGCUAGCUAGCUACGAAAGUACUUUCGUACUUUCGUACUUGACUAGACUACGUACGUAGCUACGUAGUACGUACCUUCGAUGGUUGCAGCUACAUGUGCAGUAUACUUAGUAUGUGGUUCUUGAUUUGGGUUGUACUUUCGUACGAAGGUACGAAGAUAUCUUCGAAGAUAGAAGAAUGCGAAGGUACAUGUUCACGUAGCUAGCUAGAUAGGGAUUCGUUGUACCUUCGUACGAAGGUACACGGCUACGUGUACACGCACAUGUACGUUCGUACUUGCAAUGAAAUGUAGGGCUACAUGUACAAUUGUGCAUUGAGUACCACCUUUGUACAAAGGUACAAAAGUAUAUCCGUACUACAUGUACGUGUACACGUACUGUAAGCUACCUUCGUACAAAACUUUUGUCUAUGAAAGGUACGAAGGUACACGUACAGUACGUGUACAGUAGUACAGUACGUGUACUACACCUUUUAAGCCGUGAAUUAGCGUGAAUUGACGGAACUUUAAGGGUGGAAUCCUUCGGGUUCAUUUCACCCUUAACUCUGUCGCAUCAACGCAAAUUCAGGGCUUAAAAGGCGUAGGUAGCCCUACAGUACCUUUGAAGGUACUUUCGUACUUUCGAAAGUACUUUCGUACUUUCGUAGAUAUCUACAGUAGAUAAGGUUGCACGAAUCUCUAUGAAUACUGCCCCGCAGCAUGCUGACUGGGAACAUCACGGAACAUUGUUUUCUUUUCUUCGAUACAUAGUCCAUCCUAUCCUGUCUGCACU